CACCGGCGUCUACACCUGACGAGAGAAAUUCAGAAUUUUCUCCUUAUUAGGCUCACUACAUACGUGUUUCUAAAUAUUUUCUUUUGGUAUUAAUUUUUCGUCAGUUGGUGGAAUACAGUAUCACAUGGAAAGUGCUCUUUGCUAGGAAUAACCUGGCAAAAUGUCUUCAUUAUAUCAAACGCAUCUGACCCAAUAACGAUACACCAAAUCCAAUCCAGACUAAACAAGCAGCACAUCUGCUCUGAUGGCCUCCUUCUUACAACAGUUAAGACUACUUCUCUGGAAAAAUGGCCUCAGCGUCAUCCGGCAGCCCACCUGGUCGGUGGCUCUCCUUGUCUGGCCACUUGUGAUAUUUAUUAUCUUGGCGGUCACCCGUUCACAGUUUCCACCAAAACUCAAAGACACAUGCUAUGUGGCGCCUAGAAAUCUUCCGAGCGCUGGGUUCUUUCCUUUCCUGCAAACACUCAUGUGUAGCACCGACAGUAUAUGCACCAGCAAAUCCUACCUAACAGAAGGACAGUCCAAAUCGUACUGGAACACAGCUCGUCGCCACCGCAGGGAUGCUGAAUCUCACAGUCUAUCAGCACUAUUUCAUGACCUACCUCCACUGGCCCAUCUACAGAAGGGAGGACUGAUUCACUCAAUCCUUAAAAGGGAUACAUCAAAUCCAGAGCUCCUAGGGCUAUGGGAUAGGAUGCUCAAUUCCAGCUUUCAAAACUUACCCAAUGUGACAGUCAUGCAAACGUUUAACAACACUGCAGUGGUUGAUCAGACAAUGGAGUCCGUUUGGGAAUCUGUGAGCGUCUUGAAAAAAUCCUUAUGCAGCUUCUCCAUGACUGCCAUCAACACAUCAGACAGUACCCAGGAUCUCUUUACACAAGGCUUAAUAAACUUCUGCAGCUCCAACGACACUGUUCUGGAAGCAUCCUUGCUUACCCUGAACCAGGUGCUGACAGAAAUGCUGCUCAAUAACCCGACAGAAGUAUUGGGAUCAAUUGGAGGAACUGUGGUGGUCUUAGAUAUGCUUCAACAGGAGACGUCAGUGUGGGACUUCCUACUUGGCUUGCCUGAUCUCUUCCUAAAGCCGUCAGAUGAAGAGAUAUUAAAGGCUGGAGCAGAGGAAUUGCAAGAUCUUAAAAAUGUCUUGACAUUUAUCCAGAGGAAUUUCCCUCUGACCAACAUCUCUACUGCUGUCACAAAUCCAGUCAUCACAAAAGGCAUUGGUUUUCUCAACUACAUGAGUGCUUGGAAAGGGAGAGGUGUGUAUGUCAAACUGAGUGAUGUUGUUACCCCAAGCAACAUUCCUCUACUUAGCUCCGACAUAAGAGACCUUAUCAACCAAAUCCAGAUUCCUCUUGAUAAGAUUCAAGUGCUGUUCAAUGAGGCAGACUUUCGCACCUUUUUGUGUGACCAAAACAUCACCGGAUCCUAUUGUUGGAGUUGGGAAGUGGGCAAGAUAUUUGAAGGGAUAAAUACUUGGAAAGUUGUUGAACAGGUGCUGUUGAACUGGAGUCAGACCUCUGCCUCGGCAGACUUGGCCUUCUCUCAGGAGGUGUUCAGUACCUUGCUGGGCCUAGUCUCUCCAUCGAGCCUGGAUGCUGUUCUCAAACACACUAGGUCCCAGCGCAGCAGUGAUGCUCAGCCACAGAGCCUGGGGGAACAAUUAGUCUUCGGAUUAAGCACUACAGCAUUUGAUUUUCUUCAAGGCAUGCCUGGCUGGGAAUACAUUCAGACUUUCAUGAUGGCUGGCCAUUCAUCCAUGCAGGUGGCGAGAGCUGCAAUGGAAGUACAGCUACCAUUCAUUGACAUGGUCCUGAGGGAUGCCAAGUAUGUCCAGGAGGUCUUCCUUUCUCUAAUGCAGAAUGAGACCUUUGCUAAGGCCUGGGCUGACCAUGCCAUGGACUCUAUUGUGCAAACCGUGGCUAAUGUUCUAGAGGGUCACACUAGCUGCAAAGACAUUUCUGCUCCCUGGGCUUGGAUGUCAACAUACAGCCCUAUAGACAUUCAGUUGUGGGGCACUCUAGUUUGUGAUGGAAAUGACACACGUCUUGAGGAAAUGCUGUUAAAAUCACUUUCGCCAGUAACUGAGAAGGUCCGGCAGAUGGUUGGUGCUGUGUAUGGAGCUGAAAUGUACAAUGUCACACCCUCAAUACUUAUGGCAGAGUGGCACAGCCUGUACACAACCUCCCUGCAGUAUGUCACUGCCCUCCAGAACUUGCAAACUGUGGUUAAUGAGAACUAUUUUGCAGCUUGGAUCCCGGGGAACAUUUCAGUUGGAUUGUCCCAGAUUCUUUUGACCAGGGCUACUGGUACAUUUGAGAACAUGGGUUCUCUGCUUGAGAACAGCUAUCUGUGGCCCUCCAUGGAACCAUAUUUCCAUAUGGCUUAUUGGAUUUUAACCUACCAACCUAAUGCCACUGCAUCACCAAACUGCACACUUCUUCCAUCUGCCUUCACCUGUCAGACCGGCUUUACCUGGGAAACAGCUGUUCCACUGAUUCAAUCUUUGUUCUCUGAAGUGUCAAGAGAACCAGACAGCCUGUUAAGACCUCUCCAGGGGACAGUAGCUCUCCUCCAAAACAGUUACAUGCAACUUUUACAGCAAGUCAUUGCCAAUGGCCUACCAGAUCAGCUCCUUGUUAGUGACUUGAGACUUAGAGACUUGUUGCUGAGCCUCAUUAAUACAGUUGAUAAAGAAAUUCAGCUCCUCUCCAACAUUCAGUCCACACAACAGUUUGAUACUCAGCUCUCGCUCACUCUGUUAAAUGACAUCAUGGAAGCUCUUGGACUGGGGAAGAUAGAGAACCUGUUGUCAGGAGGUUCCCAAACAUCCAGCAUGCACACAGUCAUCAUGGGCAUCCUUCAGGUCUUGAACAAUGGGUCCAUCCAGAUGCUAAAUGUAGAGGAUAGUUUUGCAGUUCUUCAAGCAAUUUUGAGCCAACUUGGAGCCAUCUUGCCUCCAGUGCAGCAGUAUCAGUUUGAAGCAGUGCUAAAUAAGACUUAUGUCCUCAUUCGAGAUCUGGAGAUGUGUUCAGCUUUUGGCCAGGACUGUGUUGCUGAUGUCCAGAAUGCCUUCGAUAAUCUUGGAGCAAUCCUUGCAUUUGAAAAUAAUAUGACCAUCCCAAUCACACCUCAGGGUAACAUGACUCUCCCUGUUGUGCUUGAUGUUCUCACUCUGCUCCUGCCAUGGAACAUGUCCCAGCCAGCAGAAGCCUCAAUGGAAAUGUUCAGAAAGAUUCAGUAUCUCCUUGAGCAGGCUUAUUCAUCUCCCCUGAACAUCAGUCAAGUUUUACAAGUCUCCAAUCUCACCAAUUCUGAAUUAGAACAAGUCAAUUCAGUAAUUCAUUCUAAUUGGUCAGCAUCCAUACUGAAGACUCUGAAUAUGGUCUUUCAAAUCCCACAAUGCAUGAACACUCAAACCACACAGUCUCCCCAAAAGCCUCCUGCUAAUAGACAGGCCGAAUGUAUCCUUCAGCUAAUCCAGACUGCUUCUGGUUUACUUGGAGUAAUACCUGUGGCAGAGAAUGCUCAAAUGACUCUUAAUAAUUGGCUUAACAUAAUUUCAAUAGAGUAUCAGAAACUAAAUAACAUGUCCAUUUCUGGAUCUGACCCACUUGCACUAACAGAAGAGGUGCUGAUUACAACACUGUCAGCCAUUAGACAAAACCUUCAGGGUCUUGAUGUGGAGAACAUCACUGAUAUUACCAAUGAGCUCAACAUUCUGGAAGACCUCUUGAAAAAUUUAUUCAGAGAACAAUACCCAUACCACACCAUUAACUCGACAUUGAUGGUGCAGAGACAGUAUGCACAGAUGGUGUAUGGAGAAAUCACACUGUGGUAUUUAAACAAGCUUGGAAAUGCCACCAGUGGCAGUAUGUUUGCGGAGAUUCUCCAUCAACUGAAACGCAUAACUGAAAUGCAGGUGGCACUCAACAGUGCAGAAGCAGAUAUGGUGACGGUAGCAAUGAAUCAGAUCCAGAGCUUGAGUCAUGUGAGGUUUCCUCUGGAAGGCGAGGAUCUUGUACAAGUUGCCAAUACAAUCAUGACCAUGCUGCAGGGUGAGCUGGCACUGAUUAAAGGAACUCUUGAGAUCCAGCAGGCGUUCUAUGAUUCUAUAGGCUCCCCAAUGAACAACAGUAUUCCUGCUGAAAUUGAAGCUCAGAUCAUGACCUACCUCAACUUGACAAGGGAGUGGAUCACUAACCCACAAGUGAUGACAGCACUUGCUAGAAUUUUCCAGUGGGAAAUUAGCUCUGUAGAUAUUACAACACCUGGGAAGGAUCUUGAGCAGCUCCUCCAAGCCUUGACUCCCCUACUCCAUCCUGAAGAUAAAGAUUCCCUUGUUUUUGUUGACCAGUUCUCUCAGGCAGUAAACUACGCUCUACAGGUGGCUAGCACUGAUGGUGGUGUCCUAAGUGAAAACUUCACAGAAGCCAUCAUCAGUGCUGUGAAAGUGAUUCUGAAGAGUAUAUCAAAUGAAACUGGAGCUCAACCUCAGGAUGUGAUUAACAAUGUUCUUGGUGCUUUUAAUGGUUCACUUCAGCUGAUCCUGAACACCAAUAUGAGCUAUGCCAAAGCUAACACCCUAAUACAGGAGACUAUCCAGAUGGUAGAGGGAGCCAUUCAUACCCUUUUACCAGCGGAGGCAGCUGAGGUGUUGGUUCCCAUUAAAAACAGCAUUUUAUCCUAUCUGAAUAACAUCUCCCAGCCAGCUGGAUUUGAUCUUUGGAAUGAACUCAUUGCAAAUGUAAUGACAGAGCUUCAGAAUUCCCUACCAUCAAACAACACAGCUCAGCCCAUCAUAUCAAUGAUAAUCAAGCUCACGGAAAACCUUCUGAGCUCAAAUGAAGGCAACUUGACCAAGGACUGGAUCAUUAACCAACAACUGACGAUAGCACUUAAUGCAGUCUUCCAGGGGAAUGCUAGCUCUGUAGAUCUUGCUGCAGCUGGGGUGAAUCUUGACCAACUUUUGCAAGCCAUGGCCCCCCUACUCUCCCCUGAGGACAAGGCCUUCCUCAAUGUUGCUGAACAGGUGUCUCAGAGACUAACCUACGCUCUACAGGUGUCUAGCACUGAUGGUGGUCUUCAAAGUGAAAACUUCACAGAAGCCAUCAUGAGUACUGUCAGAGUAUUUCUGGAGAGUGUUUCAAAUGGAACUGGAGCUCUGCCUCAGGAUGUGAUUAACAAUGUUCUUGGUGCUUUUAAUGGUUCACUUCAGCUGAUCCUGAACCCUAAUAUGAGCUAUGCCCAAGCUAAUACCCUAACACAGGAGACUAUCCAGAUGGUAGAGGGAGCGAUUCAUAACCUUUUACCAGCAGAGGCAGCUGAUGUGUUGGUUCCCAUUAAAAACAGCAUUUUAUCCUAUCUGAAUAACAUCUCCCAGCCAGCUGGAUUUGAUCUUUGGAAUGAACUCAUUGCAAAUGUGAUGACAGAGCUUCAGAAUUCCCUACCAUCAAACAACACAGCUCAGCCCAUCAUAUCAAUGAUAAUCAAGCUCACGGAAAACCUUCUGAGCUCAAAUGAAGGCAACUUGACCAAGGACUGGAUCAUUAACCAACAAUUGACGAUAGCACUUAAUACUGUCUUCCAGGGGAAUGCUAGCUCUGUAGAUCUUGCUGCAGCUGGGGUGAAUCUUGACCAACUUUUGCAAGCCAUGGCCCCCCUACUCUCCCCUGAGGACAAGGCCUUCCUCGAUGUUGCUGAACAGGUGUCUCAGAGACUAACCUACGCUCUACAGGUGUCUAGCACUGAUGGUGGUCUUCAAAGUGAAAACUUCACAGAAGCCAUCAUGAGUACUGUCAGAGUAGUUCUGGAGAGUGUUUCAAAUGAAACUGGAGCUCUGCCUCAGGAUGUGAUUAACAAUGUUCUUGGUGCUUUUAAUGGUUCACUUCAGCUGAUCCUGAACCCUAAUAUGAGCUAUGCCCAAGCUAAUACUCUAACACAGGAGACUAUCCAGAUGGUAGAGGGAGCGAUUCAUAACCUUUUACCAGUGGAGGCAGCUGAGGUGUUGGUUCCCAUUAAAAACAGCAUUUUAUCCUAUCUGAAUAACAUCUCCCAGCCAGCUGGAUUUGAUCUUUGGGAUGAACUCAUUGCAAAUGUGAUGACAGAGCUUCAGAAUUCCCUACCAUCAAACAACACAGCUCAGCCCAUCAUAUCAAUGAUAAUCAAGCUCACGGAAAACCUUCUGAGCUCAAAUGAAGGCAUCUUGACCAAGGACUGGAUCAUUAACCAACAAUUGACGAUAGCACUUAAUGCAGUCUUCCAGGGGAAUGCUAGCUCUGUAGAUCUUGCUGCAGCUGGGGUGAAUCUUGACCAACUUUUGCAAGCCAUGGCCCCCCUACUCUCCCCUGAGGACAAGGCCUUCCUCAAUGUUGCUGAACAGGUGUCUCAGAGACUAACCUACGCUCUACAGGUGUCUAGCACUGAUGGUGGUCUUCAAAGUGAAAACUUCACAGAAGCCAUCAUGAGUACUGUCAGAGUAGUUCUGGAGAGUGUUUCAAAUGGAACUGGAGCUCUGCCUCAGGAUGUGAUUAACAAUGUUCUUGGUGCUUUUAAUGGUUCACUUCAGCUGAUCCUGAACCCCAAUAUAUAUAACAUGCAAGCUAACCACCUCACACAGGAGACUAUCCAGAUGGUAGAGGGAGCUAUUCAUGGCCUUUUGCCAGCAGAGGUGGCUGAGGUGUUGGUUCCCAUGAAAAACAGCAUUUUAACAUAUUUGCAAACCAUCUCCCAAUCUGCAGGACCAGACAAAUGGAAUGAAGUCAUUGUGAAUGUGAUGAGAGAGCUUCAGAAUUCACUACCAUCAAAUAACACAGCUCAGCCCAUCAUAUCUGUGAUACUCAAGGUCACAGAGUAUGUGCUAAACUCAAAUGAAGGCAAGUUCAGUUUGUUAGUGUGGCCAUAUAUAAGUAAAACUAUGUAA